AUCGUUUCGGCAAAAACUCCAUCACGUCGUGACACCGGGAAACUUUUUAAUUCCUUAAUCUCUCCGAGAGCCGCUUAUCUUUCUCACUCACGCCGUUCGCCUCUUGAACUGCAAACUGAACCUGAACGUGACCCAAAAUGCCCGCCUUGUUUCGAUUGUCACCUUAAAGAUUUUCCAUGCUCGCAUUUUACUAAUUGUAGCGAUUUUAGUGGAAGGUGUGAAUGCCCUCCUGGUUUUACUGGUAACGACUGUUCAUUACCAGGUGCUCGUGAUAUCGUUUCGGCAAAAACUCCAUCACGUCGUGACACCGGGAAACUUUUUAAUUCCUUAAUCUCUCCGAGAGCCGCUUAUCUUUCUCACUCACGCCGUUCGCCUCUUGAACUGCAAACUGAACCUGAACGUGACCCAAAAUGCCCGCCUUGUUUCGAUUGUCACCUUAAAGAUUUUCCAUGCUCGCAUUUUACUAAUUGUAGCGAUUUUAGUGGAAGGUGUGAAUGCCCUCCUGGUUUUACUGGUAACGACUGUUCAUUACCAGCGUGUAAUUCCUUGGCAGAUGGACCCAAUCGUAAAGCCCGUGAGGCUGAUCAAUUCUGUAAAUGUUCUGAAGGAUGGGGAGGAAUCAAUUGCAAUGUCUGUAAUGCCGAUAGGGCUUGCGAUAGUAUGGUGGCUACAGGAAUGAAUGGUACUUGUUAUAAGGGAGGGCUUAUUGUACAUGAGAAUUUUCAGAUGUGCAAUGUAAAAAAUAGAAAGAUUUUAGACAUGCUUCCUGAUCAACCUCCCCAAGUUACUUUUUCUUGUAAUAGUACAACCGCAAAUUGCGAUUUUCAGUGUAAAUAUCCUCAAUCAUUUUAUUGUCACUUAAAUGAGUGUUCAUUUAGUGACGAUGUUACAGUUAACGAAAAUAUUACAUCGUAUAAAUGUCAAAAAAUUAAAUGCGAGUGUGUAGUCGGGGAAAUGCUUUGUGGUAAAAGUGGAUCUAUCGACCUAUCUGAUUGGCUAAAGGAGGAAAUUAAAGGUCCGGCCGAAUUUGAAUGCAAAAAUGUAAAGGAAUGCAAAUUUUCGGAACCUGCAAUGAAUGAACUGAUUUUGGCAGUUUUUGGUGAUGCACACAUAUUUUUGAAUUGUGAUAGUGGCGAGUGUCUUCAUUACACUGAGGUUCCUGGAUUUAAAAGACCACCUAGACGUGAUAAUACAAUAGUUAUUAUUCUAACGGUGUUAACAGCGUUCAUCUUUGUCGGUGGUAUUUUUGCAGCUGUCUAUUACUUUUCUCGAGAACGUGACUCACGUGCACCUUAUGGUGAAAUUCUACUUGAUGAUGAAACUGCCAAGCUUAUGGCAGAUCAUACCCCAGCUACAUUACAGUUUAAAAAUGUUGGUUAUUUUGUCGGAGAAAAACAGAUUCUUUCUUCAAUACACGGGAUUGUGAAGCCUGGUGAAGUUAUGGCAAUCUUGGGUGGUUCUGGUGCUGGUAAAACCAGUUUUUUGGACAUUCUUGCUCGCAAAAAUAAAGUUGGUACCGUUAAUGGUAAAAUAUAUGUCAAUGGGAGAGAAGUUAAAGAUGAUGAAUUCAAGAGUGUGGUCGGGUAUGUGUUUUACUUACCAUUUACUCAUUUACCGAAGUUUAGAGUAACCGAAACAAUGAAAGAACUGGGAAUUAUUGAUAUUAAAGAUUCCAGAAUAGGAGAUGCAGGAACGCGAUCAAUUUCUGGAGGAGAGAAACGCCGUGUGUCAAUAGCUUGCGAGCUAGUUACUUCGCCAUCGAUACUUUUCCUCGAUGAGCCAACAUCGGGGUUAGAUGCCUAUAACGCCUACAAUGUUAUAGAAUGUCUUGUAACCUUGGCGAAAGAUUAUCGUCGUACUGUAGUUUGUACGAUACAUCAACCAAGAAGCAAUAUAUUUGCUUUAUUUGACCAGCUAUUAUUGCUUGGAAAUGGUCACAUGAUAUAUUCUGGUGAUGCAAAUAAAUGCCAAUCUUAUUUUGAAAGUAUUGGUCAUAAAUGCCCUCCAGGAUUCAACCUCGCAGAUUAUCUUGUUGAUUUAACCAUGUACGCAGCGAAACACCGAACUCGACCUCUGCUUCAAAGCCGGAAUUCAAUUCAUGAGAUUCAGGAUUCACAAUUAUAUGCUCCAUCUCCAUCUAGGACAUCAGAAGAAAAUUCUUUCGAGUUAAACAACCGGGAAUUGUCACGUGCGACAGAAAAUAGCUCUCAUGAUAUUGAUAUGGGAGAGGCUAAUGAUUAUAUGAGUGAUCAUUUAAGGAUGUUAGUUGAAAGCUACCGUAGGAGCUCGAUUGCCACUAGAAUUAGGAAUGAAAUAGAUCGUUCUGUCAACAGCAGCGAACAGAGUGAACCAGUUUUAACAUCGGUCCAAGAAUCAUUAAUUCUUAGUUCUCAUCGUCGUGCAUCGUGGUCUACACAAUUUAAAAUUUUAUCGGAUCGUACAUUCAAAAAUUUGUAUAGAAAUCCCAUGCUAAUGUUAACACAUUAUUGUAUCAGUGUUUAUCUUGCAG